AUGAGACUCGACUGCGCAGUCCUCGCCCUGUCACUUCUGACAGGUGCCUCGGCCGCGGCCGUCUCUCAACAGCUUGAAAUUGCACAGGCCGAUAUCCAAGAACAUGAUUUGUACAAGCGCAAGGGUGGUGGCGGUGGCGGCGGCCGUGGUGGCGGCUCCUCGGGGAGUCGCGGUGGUGGAAGCUCCGGCUCUGGUACGUCAGGUUCGUCUAGCUCAUCAGGAAGCCGCGGCGGCGGAAGCUCCGGCUCUGGCUCGUCCGGCUCGUCCAGCUCCUCUGGCAGCCGUGGAGGCUCGAGUUCGUCUAGCUCCUCUGGCAGCCGCAGCGGCUCCGGUUCGUCUGGUAGUCGUGGCUCGCCCACCAACACAGGCCCCAGUGUAAACUCCGGCGGCACCACAAAGUCAGGAUCCGGCCCCCAGCCCCAGUACGGCGGCGGGCAAUACUACGGCGGAGGCUCUCGUGUUCCCUACUCCGCCGGUGCCGCCAGGAACGGAAUCGUCCCCGGCCUCCUCCUCGGCUCUGCCCUCUUCUUCUGGCCCGGCGUCUGGGCGAGCGGCGCCUACAUGUACAACUACCACGACCCCUACCGCUUCCGCAAUCAAUCCAACGACAACAAGGAGGAAGAGCUGCCCGUCAUCUGCGGCUGCGCUGAAGGCGCCGAAUGCGGUUGCGACGAUAGCGGUAACGUUACCGCUCACCUCAACGAUCUCGUCGGCAACGGAAGCUAUGCCGGCCUCAACCAGAGCGUCGUCACCGUCGGAACCAAGGAUGGCCAAAAAGUCCUCCUUGUCAACGGCACCUUGCCCAACGGUACCACCGCUAAGGGCGAUGCAGACAUGGAUGCUGACGGCAACCCGACCUCUGCUGCGGCCAAGAAAGCUCUUGAGACUAUGGGCUUCUGGCCACUUGCCGCGAUUGUCGGCGCCAUCGUUUUCGCCGCCUAG